AUGCUUGGCGCCAUUGUUGCAGAUCAAUAUGUUGGUCGUUACUAUACUAUUAUUAUCUUUUCUAUUGUAUAUAUCAUUGGUUGGGUCAUCCUUACUUGUACUUCCAUUCCAUCUGCCAUUGAAGCCGGUGCUGGUUUCCCUGGUUAUAUUGUUGCUUUGAUAGUGGUUGGCUUUGGUACGGGUGGUAUUAAAGGAAUCGUAUCACCUUUAUGUGCUGAUCAAUAUAAAUAUGAUCAUGAUUAUAUCAAAGAAUUGAAAACUGGUGAAAAAGUAGUGGUGGAUUACUCUCUUUCCAUUCAACGUCUAUACAAUUGGUUCUAUUGGGCUAUCAACAUUGGUGGUCUUGUCGGUGGGGUUGUGUGUCCUUUACUUGAAUUAAAUGUAGAUUUCUGGGCUGCUUAUCUAUUGCCUACCAUCAUGUUGGUGUUAUGCCUCUCGGUGUUUAUAGCUGGUAGCAAAUUCUAUUACAAACCACGUCCAACAGGAUCUAUUAUUCUCAAGGCUUUUAGUGUUAUCAGACAAGCAUGGCGACAAAAGAAUCUACCUGGCAACAGAGAAGCUCGUAGGGUUUGCAAGGAUUUUAUGGACUUUGCUAAAAGAGAUUCUGGCUUACCAGGUGUAGUGGAAUGGGAUGCGGAAAUGAAUGAAAAGGCGGAACAGUGGGACGAUCAAUUUGUGGAUGAACUCAAACAAGCUAUCAUGGCAUGCAAGAUCUUCGUGCCUUUGUCCAUCUAUUGGGUGACCUACAACAAUCUUAGCAACAAUCUUAUCAGUCAAGCUGCAGUUAUGGCUAAACCAUCCACUUUACCUAACAAUAUUAUGAACAACUUUGAUCCUAUAGCUUUAUUGAUUUUUGUUCCCUUUGUUGACUUGGUGCUCUAUCCUUAUUUGCGUAGGAAGAAAAUCAAUAUUUUCCCUCAACAACGUAUUACACUUGGCUUUUUCAUUGGUUCUAUAGCUAUGGUUUACGCUGCAGUUGUACAACACUAUAUUUAUAUCGAUCCUCUCUUUAUUGAAACUGGUGAAUCUUCCAAUGUCUCUGUGUUUAUCCAAAUUCCUUGUUAUGUAUUGAUUGCCUUUAGUGAAAUCUUUGCCGUUAUUACAUCUAUGGAAUACGCUUACACCCAUGCUCCCAAAUCGAUGAAAUCAGUAGUAUCAGCAUUAUCAUUAUGGCCUAACUGUGUCUCAGCAUUGAUCUCUCUCGCUAUUUCUCCUGCAGCUCAUGAUCCUAAUAUGGUGUGGGUAUAUACCGGUGUUGCAUGUGGUGCUUUUGCAUGUGGUAUCCUCUACUACAUUCUCUUCCGUCAUUAUGAUGAUAUUGAUGAAGAAUUCCGUCUUGCCAAGUUAGCCAAAUCUUCUGAACCUGCCGUUGCUACGACCGUGGAUUCUACUUCUGAAAAGAAGGCUCUUGAAUAG